UGUGUGUAUAUAUAUCUAUGUCGGUUAUUAUGACUCAGUGCCGAUUGUUUCUCGCCAGCCACGACAGCAGACUUGCGGUUUCACCUCAGCAUCGGUCUCAGGACAGAAAACUGAUGUCAUGGUUUCUUGUUUAAGAAGAACUUUUCCGAAACUAAAUGAACAUCAAUCCACUUCCUGUUUACACCAGCACGCACAUGCUCAGUGAACGGAACGUGUGUUAGCAUUGUUGCGGAAUGCUGCUCAUGCAGUAUGAAACACUCGUCUGGACGUGGAUAUUUAUUUUUUUUAUGAAAACGCAGUAGUGUGUAUGUAUUUGGUUAUAUUUCUACACAUGACUCAAUCGAUUGAGGAAAUAAUUUGUAUUGAAAAAAAUUAAUUGAGUAAAAAUGCUAUUUGACCAAUGAUGGGAUAAAAUGUUGAAUCUUUAAGUUAUGUUUUUAUAUCAGACAGCAAGUGAUCGUAACGCAACAUUCGGAGCGCGUCAAGAUCAGGGGAGCAGCUACGAGAUGGAUUCAGGAAACCUCGUAAAUUACGAGAUACGUUUGCACCCAUGGUUUUUUUUCCCACAGUCAAAUCGCAGUCACAGCUUCUUUAGGAAACGAUGUCACAACGAUUCCUGCCUCCGUCUGAGAAAAAAAGCCAUGAACCUGCAAAACACAGAUCCUGAGUGCAGGGACAUGUGGGAGACAGCCAGUGAAGACAGCAGCUCUGAUGACGACUGCGUCGCAUCCAUUUGUCUCAGACUCAGCAAUCGUCCUGAAGACGAAGAAGAAGAAGAAGAAGGCGAAGAAGUCGUCGUAGGAGGAACGUUAGAAAUAUGA